AUGUCUCAUACAGUGGAAUCAUCAUUAUCUUUUUUUUCACCAGUAUCAUCUAAACUUGCAUCAUCCAAUACAAACAAAAAUGAAAAAGAGAUAAAUCAAACAACAGAAGUUUUGUUACCUCUUUCACCACUUUUUGAUGCUACUAUUGAUGAUGAUUACUUAGCUGUUCAAUCUUUAUUAAGCAAAAAUUAUGAUGUUAAUACUAAAGAUAUCGAUGGCAUAACUGCUUUACAUUUAUGUGCUUUCUUCAAUUGUGUCGCGACAUGUGAUACAUUAUGUGCACGUCGGGCAUUUGUCAAUGCUAAAGAUAAUCAAUUAUUAACUCCACUAUUUUAUGCAUGUAAAACGAACUGCUCAACGAUUGUACGAACUCUCGUUGAUCAUGGUGCUGAUUGUGAUGCUCAAAAUAAGAAUUGGCAAACUCCAUUACAUAUAUGUGCAUUAUCAUCUAAUGCAUCAUCUGCAACUUAUAUUAUUCAUCAUGUUACAAAUGUUGAUACAACUGAUCAAUAUGGACUAACAGCUCUUCAUUAUGCUUGUAUGAACGGAAAUAUUGAGAUGGUGAAGUUAUUGAUUGAUGCAGGAGCAAAUGUUAACUUAUGUGAUCGUAAACAUAAUUAUCCACUGCAUUAUGCAUCAACUAAAGGAUCAACUGAAAUCUUGAAUAUUUUACUUAAUUCUCAUGCUAAUCCGAAUUGUAUUAAUGAUCAAGGUCUAACACCUUUACAUCUUUGUAUCAUUGGUAAUCAUAUUGAUUGUAUUCGAAAAUUACUUGAUUCAAAUGCUAAUGUUAAUGCAAGAACACAUCAUGGUAGUUUACCUAUUCAUUUGGCUGCCUAUCUUGGCAAUAUAGAUACUUUUGAUUUGCUUAAUAAUCAUUCAAAAGCUCCGAAAUUAACAGAAACAGAUGAACAAGGAAAUGUAUGUAUUCAUUUAAAAUAG